AUCAGUGGCAAUAUACUGCAAUAAACGCGUUAUCGCAUUUGUAAAGUUAUCAUUUCUCUCGGCUUAUCUCUGUUUAUUUCGACUAAGAUUGAACGUAUAUAGCCUUUACGAUAUUCCGGAGCACGUUAUGAAUUCGUGGUACUCGCGAAAAGACCGCGAUCGUGUGACGUGACUCGUACGAACUUGCACGGACACGGACUAGGUUAGAAGAUUAGGUUAGAUUUCAUUGUGAUUCAAGAACGAUAACUGGCAAUGGCUAAUAAACAGUACGGUCUGAUCUUGCCGAAGAAGCAACAGCAGAGUACGGCACCAAGACUCGGCAACGUUUUUGGGGACGACAAUGCCUCCGAUGAGGAGGAUGGAACCGACUGGGUCAGGAAAGCCCUCAAGGCGGAAGGCGAGAAGAACCGGAUGAAAAAACAAACAAAGCUCGACAUACAGAAGGCUCUGGAUGAAGACCCAACGAUCUAUCAGUAUGACGAGGUGUAUGAUGAUCUGGAGCGCAGCAAGAGCCAGUUGGAUGACGCAAGCAAACAGAAGGAGAAAAAGUCCAAGUACAUACAGAAGCUCCUGAAAACAGCUGAACGAAGAAAAAAGGAGCAAGAGCAUAGGAUAGAGAGAAUGGUGCAGAAGGAACGCGAAGCCGAGGGUGAGAUGUAUGCGGACAAAGAGAGUUUUGUCACAUCAGCGUACAGAGCGAAGCUGGAGGAAUUUAAGAAGAUGGAGGCAGAGGAGGCCAAAAUGGAUAGAUUGGAAGCUAUCGGUGAUGUGACAAAGCAGCAAGACAUGUCAGGAUUUUACCGUCAUCUGUAUGAACAGACUGUUGACUACAAGGGUGAGACUAAUAAAGAUGAAAGUAGUAAAGUGAAAGAAAGUGCUGAGCAGAGGGAAGGGAAAACGUCAACAAGCAGCACAAAUGAAGAAAACGCAACGACGAAUGAGAGAGCAAAUGAAACAGAGGAAAAACAGAAAUCAAUUACAAAAACUAAAAAAUUGAGGCAGUACCGGCAGAGAGCCAUAGAAACAUACGAAUCUGAUUCUGAAACAGAGACGAGUAAAAAGGAGUUGAAAAAAGAUAAAACUGUUGUUUCACCAGUGGACAAAGAGGCCGAUAGAGUAGAGGUGCAAGAACCAGAAGAAAAGAAACAAAGAUUAGAUAAAAAGGACGUGAACACGGUUGAUAAUAUCACAAACAUUAAGGAUAAAGAUGAAAAUGUGAAAGACGCUGAAAUACCUCAAAAUAACAAUGUUACUACAGAAAGCGAAGAAAUUGAAAAUAAAGAAAAGACUGUUGAAAAGAAAGAUAGAUCUUCCAUCUGGGAAAAGAGAACAGUAGGUCCAGUAUUUGAAGCAGCAUUACAAAGGUAUUAUGCAAGGAAGGCAAAGAGACUGGUUGAAGCAAAUUAGAUGUAAUUAAUUUAGAACUAUGUUAAUUUUUUAUAUAACGUCUCUGUUUCUCACUCUUGUAUUACGUAAUACGUAAAUAUUGACCUUAUUCUAAUGACGAAUUGUACAAAAAAAGGUGUGA